UUCAUUCAAAUAGAAAUUCCUCCAACCACCCCAACUCCUCCAUUAACAACCCAAAAAUCACAAAAACCGCAAAACCAAAUGGCAAAAGCAACACAACUCCUCCUCACAAUCAUAUUCAUAACCAUAAUCAUCUCUCUCUUUACAAAUCAAGCCGCGGCCCAAUCCGCCGGUCCUUGCAAACCGGAUUCAUGCCACCCGACCCGCGGCCCCACAAUCAGGUUCCCAUUCCGGCUCGCCCGGCAGCCGGUCCGGUGCGGCUACCCGGGCUUUACCCUCCGAUGCAACGCUCGGAACCAAACAAUCCUCACCCUCCCUCGCGCGGGCGACUUCAUCGUCCAGCACAUCGACUACCAAUCCUCGGCCAUCUACGUAGGCGACCCGGGCUUCUGCCUCCCGGGCCGGGCCCUGAACUUCAGCGUUUCGGGCUCCCCGUACGACGCGACCUUCCUGAACCGGUUCGGCAUCCUCAAUUGCUCCGGGAGGUUGGAGGACAGCGCCGGGGCGGGGGGCUAUUACAUCGUGCUGCCUUGCGUGAGCACGGAAAAUAGCACGGUGGUGGUGGUGGCCGACGACUUUCCGGCGGAUAUGGCGCCACCGAGUUGCCGGAGGGCCGGGAACGUGACUGUGCCGCCGUGGACCUUCUCGGAAUUCUAUUGGCGGCCGAUAGGCCCGGAGGAGGUUUUCGAGCUGAGGUGGAGUAGGCCAGCAUGCGGGAGGUGCGAGACCCAGGGCGGCCGAUGCGGCUUUAAGGAGGAUUCGGGGUUUGCAGUUGGAUGCACCAGACCUUCCGGGCUUCCAAGAGGUGCGAAAUAUGCCGUUAUAAUUGGUGGCGGAGUACCAGGAUUGUUAUGUCUGAUUGGACUAAUAUGUUAUGGUUGUAGAAGGAUGAAACUUGCUAGGCAGCAACGCCGGAUAGACAGCGAGCUAGCGGUACCAACAUUCGAUCGACAAUUAGUAUUCCGGGCGAACAUGGGGCUGGACGUAUCCACCAUAGAGUCGUACCCUAAGACCGUGCUAGGGCAAAGCCGUCGGCUCCCCAAUCCGGUCGACAACAUGUGUUCCAUUUGUUUGUCUGAUUAUCAAUCACAAGAGACUUUGAAAAGCAUUCCAGAAUGCAAUCAUUAUUUUCAUGCCAACUGCAUAGACGAGUGGCUCAAGCUCAAUGGCACAUGCCCUUUGUGCAGAAACUCACCCGAUGCCCCAAGUUCAACACCAACUCCUACUUCCUCAUUGCCUGCAUUAGAUAAUCAAUGAACCAUAUAGUAUCGUCACCAUAUAUACAUGUUUCAUAAAUUUCACAAAUUAAUUCUACUCCUCUUAGAUGUAUCAUUCAUAUACGAAAAUACAAUAUACCAAUUACAACUGCAUUGACUAUCUUGGUUUUCA